UCGGCCCCGGCAAGAUGGCGGCCCCCUUGGAGCUCAGUUGCUGGGGAGGCGGCUGGGGGCUCCCGUCGGUGCACAGCGACUCCCUGGUGGUGAUGGCUUACGCCAAAUUUUCUGGUGCACCCCUGAAAGUCAAUGUCAUAGAUAACACCUGGAGAGGUUCAAGAGGAGAGGUACCAGUUUUGACAACUGAAGACAAUACUAUUUCUCAGCCGGCAAAAAUACUAAACUUUUUAAGAAAACAGAAAUACAAUGCUGAUUAUGAACUUUCAGCAAAACAAGGGGCAGAUACGCUAGCUUACAUUGCUCUCCUUGAAGAGAAGCUUCUUCCUGCAGUGCUUCACACAUUCUGGGUUGAGAGUGACAAUUACUUUACUGUGACAAAGCCAUGGUUUGCUUCACGAAUGCCUUUUCCCUUGAGUUUGAUCCUGCCUGGAAGAAUGUCUAAGGGAGCACUGGAUAGGAUUCUCCUGACCAGGGGAGAGCCUCCCCUCUACCACCUUCGAGAAGUAGAAGCUCAGAUUUACAGAGAUGCGAAGGAGUGCCUAAAUCUUCUGUCAAACAGAUUGGGAACAUCUCAGUUUUUCUUUGGAGAUAUGCCUUCCACUUUGGAUGCCUAUGUGUUUGGUUUUCUCGCACCUCUUUAUAAAGUACGUUUUCCUAAAGUUCAGUUACAAGAACAUUUGAAGCAGCUCUCCAACCUCUGUCGCUUUUGUGAUGACAUCCUAAACAGUUAUUUUAGGGUUAGUCUUGGAGCAUUUUCCUGCGUGAACAGAAAUGAGCAGCAGAUUGAUUUUGGUGAGGUACACUCCCAUGAUUCCACUACUUGAAAACUGCUUGCACCAGACGAGAUGGAUGACAAUCUUCGCCAAAGCCCUCAGCUUCCUCCUCGGAAACUGCCAACACUUAAAUUGACUCCAGCAGAAGAAGAAAGUAAUUCCUUACAACGGCUAUCACCCUGACCAUCAUCAUGCUUUGUGUCCAACGUCAUGUAGUUGUUGCAGCAAUCUCUUACACUAAGUGUGUGAAGGGCAAAAAGAAAAUGCUAAAAAUAGGUAGAAGGAAGACUCUAAAACAAAAGAAACUUUCUGUGACAGCAAUUUUUUUUCAUUAGGAAGCUUCUGUUUUAGCUUGGCAAUGCACUUUAAAUAACAGCGUGAAUGCUAAAUGAACUUGGCAGGGAGGGGGCAGAAAAUACAUUGUACUGUAUAUAAAAACCUGCCUUAACCUUGGCAGAUUUUUGCCUUUGGUUCACUUGUUGCUGGCCCAAAGCUCCACUUCUGUUCUGAAUGUGCACACUUAAUUUAUUCAAGUUAAUUUAUUAAUUUAGUAUCCUUAGACCGGUCUGAAUAUUUAAUAUGUGGCUCUUUGCCUAAGGCCUUUUCUCUUCUGUUUAGAAAUCUGAUGCCUAUUUUAGACACCAGGAAAAAUAUAUUAUUCUAAUAUUCUCUUUAAUAGAAAACCUGUAUUUAAUGUUAAAAAACAACAAGGAAUGUGUUUCUUAAUUAUCUCACAAGUCUAACCUUUGGGGGAGUUAGUACCACACAUGUAAAUAUUAAAGGUGGUAACAUACAAUAUUCGUCUGACUAUAUGCACUUCAAUAUAACAGUAUUUGCUGAUGUGUUCAGUAUAGGUUAGCAAGGGCUGUUUUAAUUUACUGAAGCUUCAGGCCUGUGUAUUUGUUAGUACGUCUUUAAAACUAGUCAUCUCUUUCUUGGGUUGAUUUCAGGAGAGCUGAGUGUUAGCAUCGCUUUUAUGUCAGGCUGUAAGUCUUAUGACACUCACCCAGUUGUCAGACACUACUCAGGAGCAGCCCACCGCCGCAGAACUGGAAGCACCUACUGUGUACCUGGCCCAAGGUCACCGUGCCUGGCUCAGACCAGUGUUCUUUCCUAAGAAACAUCCCAUGUGGUCAGAAGCUUUAUGACAACUAAUUAUUUUCCAUAGAGUUUAACUACAGUUGAAGGAUUCUUUGGAAUAAUCGGAAAUAGAUUUUAAGGAACAUUUUCCAUUUAUUGGUUGCUGAACUAUUAAAAGAUUUGCUGUGUGGGUAAUUAUACUUAGAAUCUUGCUUAUUUUAGUGGCUGAGGUGCUUCUGCCGUCUUAAAACCACUUCUGGGGUUUUUUAAAUACAGGACCAUGUUUUUGAUUAGUGUCUUAAAAGAUUACUAUGGUGCUCAGCAAAUCUUAUGUCAUCCUGCUAAAACCCCCAUGUUAGGAAAACAGGUUUGGAGUCAGCAGACUCGUCUAAUUUGAGCUGAGUGGAGCUCAGCAGUGUUUGACCUGCAUCUUCUCAAUUCGUUCUGUAUUAGGUGGCUCUUUAUAUAGGAGUCUUUAAGUCAUCAUAAACAUUUUUUUCUUGAAAGUUUUAAUGAGAAACAAGGUAAUCUUCAAGGUCUUGGGUGUCUAUUUGGAUACAUUGAGAGAAAGUCACUCAUCUGUUUUACAUUACUUCUGCAACAGGUGGGAGAGUGGGUGGGGGUGGUGGUGUGUGUGUUUUAUGUUAUUAGUCUUCUGUUAGAUUCCAACAGUUGGAAAUCUAUAUGAAUAUUCUAUGUUGGAAAUCAUGACUAUAGGACUUUAUUAUCCUCUGGGAUUAAUGUAUACUGAAGAAGGGUGGUUAGCACAUUAAUCAGACAUCUGUUUAUGCUUUAGUCAGGGUUAGUCAUUUUCAAUUAUGAUUUCAAAAAGCAUUUGAAGUGACUUACAAUUGUUAAACAUAUGUAAAAUAGGACAGUUAAAAUUGGGUUUUGGAAAAAUAAAAAGUUUGUAGGAGAAAGAACUAUACUAACCCAACCCUAACUGUACUAACUCUAAAAUUGAAUGGUAAAUUUAACUCCCAAGUUUCCCCAUGGACAAAAUAAAAGAAUAAUACAGGGUUAUGUAAAGUUUUCUAUCAAUAAAGUGACUGAUGUCCAUGAGUAAGAAAAAUGUGUUUCCAUUUUUAUAAGAAUAUGGGGUAUUGUGUUCUUAUGACACAAAGAUGCAGCCAAUAAGCAUACUGUAAUGUUUGAUGUGUUGAAAGUUGAAUUAAAAGGUAUUCUGGAAUA